UAUCGACAUGUAAAGCUAUUCACAACGACGCGCGUUACCGACCGGUACAACCGCCAGCGUGUGUUUACGGGCGCAUUUUGCGCACCACCACGUGUACGGGCACGUUAUUGCAAUUAGUGCCGAAUGUCAUUGUCGAGUUUCCGGAUAAUAGGUGUCAAUAAUAAUCACUGAGCACCCGCACGUUCCAAAGGAUGUUGGAGUCGACUAUUCAAGCGUUAGCAAGUGGCAGAGUAAUUUUAGCUAGUGGCUCUCCAAGGCGACAUGAUAUAAUGAGGCAUUUGCGAAUAAAUGCAGAAGUAAUACCUUCCCUAUAUGACGAGAACCUUGAUAGAUCCAAAUACAAUAAUCAUGGAGAUUAUGUUCAAGAUAUAGCUAAGUACAAGGUGCUCGAGGUAUAUGAACGACUAAAAACAGAUGCACUGCCACCCUCAUUGAUAAUUGGAGCAGACACAAUGGUAACGAUGAAUGAUGUUGUUUAUGGGAAACCACAGAAUGAGACGGAGGCUUUUCAAAUGUUGUCUAGCCUGGCAAAUAAGGAGCAUGUCGUGUACACCGGUGUUUACUUGAAGACAUCGAAGAGUCAAGUCCAGUUUUACGAGUCAGCCAAAGUCAAAUUUGGAGAUAUAUCUGAAAAACAAAUAAGAGAAUACAUAAAGACAGGGGACCCCAUGGAUAAAGCAGGAGGAUAUGGGCUGCAAGGGAUGGGGGGCUGUCUAAUCGAAAAGAUAGAUGGUGAUUAUUACACUAUAACGGGUCUACCACUGUAUUCACUAUCGAGGCGACUGAAUCAGAUGUUUUCUAGUGUUUAAUGAGAGUAUUGUGUUAACCGUAACAGUACCUGAAGGACAACUAUUGUUGUACUCUAUCGUUUCUACGUGAAUAAAUGUUUUCACGCUA